AGAAAAAUGGACACGGCCCAUAGCCAUACGGAUCCGGAUGAACCAGAUCCGGCCCAGACUGAUGAAAGCGCGUUGUGCAAGUGAGUGGGCUUUAUGUACCCACAUCUCAGUCCCAUUACCAAACUUCUGAACACAAUCACGCCACGCGACGCCACCAUUCACUGCACUUUCACUCUCUCCAGUCUCCACCAUUGCUUCCUCAAGCUUUCGAGGGAGAAGGAAAAUCCGCCAUUUCACCUGCAACACAUAUCAACAAUCUAUCCGAAGUUAAAGAAAGCUUAGCCUCUAUCCAGUUGUGACGAUGUCUGCAACUCUGCAAGGCUCUGCUUCUUCGAUACUCUUCGGCAGGAUAAACUGCAACUCCACAGCUUCUCUAAAACCUCCCAGAUCCAUCCCUUCCCGAUUCAGAACCCGAGCUACCCGAGAGAAAACUGAACAGCUGAAAUCCCCACCUCCAGCUUCCUCCCCGGACGAAAUCACGCAGAAGUACGGCCUCGAAGCCGGCCUAUGGAAGAUAUUCAGCUCCAAGGAUGAUGAGAAAACUGGAGACGGCGGCGAGCAAGAGAAAUCCAAGGGAGACCAAGCUAAAGAGCUGCUUACCAAAUACGGCGGAGCUUACUUGGCCACGUCGAUUACCCUCUCCAUCAUCUCCUUCUCCCUCUGCUACGCUCUCGUCAAUUCCGGCGUCGACGUUCAAGCUCUGCUGCAGAAGGUUGGGAUUGCUACAGAUGCCACGGGGGAGAAAGUUGGGACCUUCGCCUUGGCUUAUGCUGCACACAAAGCUGCAUCUCCGAUCAGGUUCCCUCCGACCGUGGCGCUUACUCCGAUCGUGGCUGGCUGGAUUGGGAAGAAGCCUGGCCAAAAAGAGCAGUAGAAAAGUAGAAUGCAACAAAAUCUCAUGUAACUGUUUUUUUUCUCCAUUAGGAACCCAAAAAUGGAGACAGCUGAGCUAGCUCCUUCUGUUUGGAAAAAUUACGUACAUAAUGCUCUGUAUGGAGAUAGAUUUUUCAUGAUCCGGAAGCUGUUCUACAGAUCGUAUCUUACACCUAGUAGCUCUUGUAUCUAUGUAUCUAUUCUUUACAUGAUUCUGAGAUUUUAUCUGAACAGAGGGAGUACAAAAUGCGGCCUACGGCUCAAGGAAUGUA